GUCUCCAGCUCACGCUCUCCCGCGAAACCGCUCAGCCGAACUACAGCCAUGAUUGACUCACUGACGCUUCUUCCCCACAAGUUCUACAAGGAUCCGGACUUCGAGACCAUGCAAAUUCACGCUGGUCAACAAGUCGACUACACCACGAACGCUCGCGCACCGCCUAUCUAUGCGUCGACGAGCUUCGUCUUCAAUGACUCGGCGCAUGCUGCAGAUGUCUUUGGAUCCAAAAAGACCGGCUACAUUUACUCCCGCAUGGGAAAUCCGACAGUUGAAGUCUUUGAGCAGCGUAUGGCCGCACUCGAAGGCGGUCAGAUGGCCGUCGCUACUGCCAGUGGUCAUGCGGCCCAAUUCAUGGCCAUUACAACUAUUGCCGGCUCAGGCGACAACAUUGUCUCGAGCUCGUACUUAUAUGGCGGUACCUACAACCAAUUCAAAGUGUAUUUGAAAAAGUUCAACAUCGGCGUCAAGUUUGUGCAAAGCCUAGACCCGGCAGACUUUGCCGCAGUCGUCGAUGAGAAGACAAAGGCUAUUUACACCGAGACUAUCGGUAAUCCGAACUACAUAGUUCCAGACAUUCCAGGGCUUGCAAAGGUUGCGCACGACAAUGGCAUCCCGCUAAUCAUUGACAACACUUUCGGCAUGGGCGGAUAUGUCGCAAGACCGAUCGAUCUUGGCGCCGACAUCGUUGUGCAUAGUGCGACUAAGUGGAUUGGUGGGCAUGGUACCACCAUUGGCGGCAUUAUCAUCGACUCUGGCAAAUUCGACUGGUCGAGAUCCGGCAAGUUCCCCUCUUUCACUGAGCCCGCGGAAGGCUACCACGGUAUGCGCUUCGUCGAGACGUAUGGCAAAGUCGCCUUCGGCAUCAAAGCCCGACUCGAUGGCAUGCGCGAUCUUGGUGCGACGAUGAACCCCUUCGGCGCAUUCUUGCUUCUCCAGGGUCUCGAGACGCUCUCCCUCCGCGCGGAACGACACUGUGAGAACACCCUCGCUGUCGCAAAAUUCCUCGAGAAGCACGAGAAGGUCGCAUGGGUCAGCUACCCAGGGCUUGAAUCGCACCCAGCGCACUUGCUUGCGAAGCAGCAGCUGAGGGAGGGCAUGUUCGGCGGCGUACUCAGUUUCGGCGUCAAGGGCGGCCUUGAAGACCAGAAGCUCGGCAGCAGGGUCGUCGAUGCGCUCAGGCUUGCGAGUAAUCUCGCCAACGUUGGUGAUGCGAAGACACUGGUCAUCCACCCCUGGACAACCACCCACCAGCAGCUCACUGAGGAGGAGAAGCUCUCUGCAGGUGUCACUCCAGAUCUUGUCAGGCUUUCUGUGGGCAUUGAGAGCUUGAGCGACAUCAUCGCCGACUUCACGGAAGCACUCAAGCUGGCUCCCUAGAGCUCUAGAGAGGCUUAUACGUAAAAUCUGUGCUGUUUAUAGUUUUGUAUUUGUGGAUCAUUCAGGCAAUUACAGUGCCUGUAUUUU